AUGAAUCGUCCUCCCUGGUUAUUGCUGAUUAUUUCCUCAUCUUUACUGACUUGUGCCCUCUCGAUUCAAUGCUAUUCGGGCAGUCAACUGCAAGUGAUCGAAUGUCCCGCCUUCUCGUGUAUCAAGCAAACACUUGGGACGGAUACGGUUCGCUACUGUGACGGGAGUGGUGUUUCAUCGAUUUGUGAAAACUAUCGCGUUCACGAGACAUGUCAGCAGAUCCCAAAUAUCGGCUAUAUUUGUUGCUGUGGACAGGAUUUGUGCAAUUCAUCGCAAAAUCUUUUCACAACGCUUUCACUUUUCACCACACUAUUUGUCUUGUUUAAAUAUUUG